CUUCAGUUUCACUUGCAUUAAUCUCUUCUUCAUUUAGCUUAAUAACCCUAGCUUAUACCAUGGCUCCAAAUAUGUGGAAUGUUCUAUCAGAAUCUAAAAGCAUAGUAAAUUCUCAACCUCAUCACUACCUCACUCUCUCCCUCAUCUUCCUCCUACCUCUCUCUUUCUUAUCCCUCCUCUUCCAAUUCAUUUCCAAAAACUUUCAACAGCAACUCUCCACAAACCCCACCACAAUCAUCUCCUUGUAUCUCCUCUUCAUCAUUCUCUCUUGCAUCAUCGCCUUUGGCGCCGUCAUCACCAUCACCUACAGCGUCUUCCACGCUUGCUUUAACCGACCAGUCAAACUCAAAGAAGCCCUCAAAUCCAUCAUCACUUCCUUCUUCCCCCUCCUCGCCACCGCAACAGUUGCAUUCGUCGUCUUCUUCUUCAUAUUUUUUCUAUUUGGACUUCUCAUUGGACUUGUAUUGUUUCUCAUCACUUACCUAGGCCAUGUCGACCUCAAAACUAACCCUAACUUGGUUGCGUUAUGUUUCAUGGUACUUUUCAUGAUUGUUUUACUCCCUCUUGUGACGUAUUUGCUAGUUAACUUGAGCUUUAUGAAAAUUAUUGUGGUGGUGGAAUCAAGUUGGGGUUUUGAACCAUUGAGGAGAAGUUGGAAAUUGGUGAAAGGAAUGAAAAGGUUGGUUUUGUCAACCAUUUUAUUGUUUGGAUUCUUGGAAGUGAUAUUGCUGAAGAUAAGUUGUUACAGUUUGGUACUAGUUUUAGUGAUUUCUCCUAUACUUGCAAUUCUUAUGCUUUACAAUAUUGUGGUUAAUACGGUGCUGUACAUACACUGCAAGGAGAAGCAUGGUGAAGUUGCAGAUGUGGAAUUUGGGAACGAAAAAGAUGGGGCUAACUUGUCCUUAAUUCCAGUAUAGAAAUGGUUGAUAAAGUUCCUCGUCUAAGUUGUCUUUGCUUUUAGUUUUUUAUCUUGUACUAAUGUCUUUAACUUUGUGAUUAAUUUAAUGUUUGGUUUGUUCAAGUCUUCUCCUUUGUGAUUAAUUAAUUAUGUGGUUGUUCAA